AUGACGUCGGCAAGAGAUAUUCGUCCUCGCGCUGACGACCUGGCUGCUCAGGCCCAGUACUUUUCGACCUCCCCCUCUGCCUCCUUCCACUCUCCCUCUAGCCACAGCUCUGCCCUGACGCGGACGGUCCCUCUGGUCAAUGCGAAGCACUUGAAGCCCUUUGCCACCGAGGACAUCAAGGUCUUGCUUCUGGAGAAUGUCAACCAGGCUGGCCGUGAUAUUCUGAAGCAGCAGGGCUACCAAGUGGAAUUCCUCAAGUCUUCUCUUCCCGAGGACCAGCUGAUUGAGAAGAUUCGUGACGUUCAUGUGAUCGGUAUCCGCUCCAAGACCAAGCUCUCUGCGCGAGUCCUCAAGGAGGCCAAGAACUUGAUCGUCAUCGGAUGCUUCUGCAUUGGUACCAACCAGGUCGACCUCCAGUAUGCCGCCGAACACGGUAUUGCCGUCUUCAACUCUCCUUUCAGCAACUCCCGCAGUGUCGCCGAGCUGGUCAUUGGCGAGAUCAUUUGCCUUGCUCGCCAAUUGGGUGACCGCUCCAACGAAAUGCACAAUGGAACCUGGAACAAGGUCAGCAACAAGUGCUGGGAGAUUCGUGGAAAGACUCUGGGUAUUGUCGGAUACGGUCACAUUGGUGCUCAGCUGUCAGUAUUGGCAGAGUCUAUGGGCAUGUCUGUCAUCUUCUACGACGUUCUCAACCUCAUGGCUCUGGGUACCGCCCGCCAGGUCAACACUUUGGAGGAACUCCUCGGCGAGGCCGAUUUCAUCACCUGCCACGUUCCCGAGCUUCCCGAGACCAAGGGCAUGAUCGGUCAGAAGCAGUUCGAGCAGAUGAAGCCCGGCAGCUACUUGAUCAACGCUAGCCGUGGUACCGUCGUUGAUAUCCCCGCCCUCAUUGAGGCCAUGCGUAGCGGCAAGGUUGCCGGUGCCGCUCUUGACGUGUACCCCAACGAGCCCGCUGGCAACGGUGACUACUUCAACAACGAUCUGAACACCUGGGGUGCCGAUCUGCGCUCGCUGAAGAACUUGAUCCUGACCCCUCACAUUGGAGGUUCCACCGAGGAGGCCCAGAGUGCCAUUGGUGUCGAGGUUGCCACAGCUCUGACCCGUUACGUCAACGAGGGUUCCACCCUGGGUGCUGUCAACUUGCCCGAGGUUGCCCUCCGUUCUUUGACCAUUGAUGAGCCCAGCCACGCUCGGGUUGUUUACAUUCACAAGAACAUCCCCGGUGUGUUGCGCAAGGUCAACGAAAUCCUUGGUGACCACAACGUCGACAAGCAGAUGACCGAUAGCAGAGGCGACGUUGCCUAUUUGAUGGCUGAUAUUAGCGAUGUCAACUCCACGCAAAUCAAGGAACUGUACCAGAGCCUCGAGAGCCUUUCUUCUCGCAUCAUGACCCGCAUUCUGUACUAG